CGAAGGAAUCUUGUUUUCAAGAUGGCGAUUCCCUUGAGAUGAAUGAGGGUUCGCUUCAUGUACAUUGCGAGAGAUACCAGUGGAAAAUGAUUUCCUGACCUCAUGCAGGGAAUCGAAUGAAUGAAGACUAUUUCAAGAGAUCAUGGAUUUAAAACCAAAGGUCACCUGUAAGUACAAAAUGAUGUCACUAGUUUAGACUUGCUUCAGUUGACUUGGACUUGGAAUACUUUAAAUAAGCUUAAGUUAAUUAAGUGAUAAUCACUCACUGGGAUCACUAAAUAUUGAAAUCUAACAAAUUUUGUUGGAUUAGUGAUUUAAGAAAGAUAGGCGUAUCACAAAUGUCACCAAGUGGCCCAAUAAAAUUAAGUAUGGUUUGAUUUUCCUUUGAAUAUCUUGCAUCGUAGAGGAAACCAUCUAGUCAGUCCAUUUCAGCUUCCUUUUACUAGCUUAAGUACUUUUGUAUGCUACAACCAGUUGCAAAAAUAAUUGGGUCACUAUACCUUAUUUUGGCUUAACUGACCAGCUUAUAAUCUUGUUUUGUUUCGUGGUAAUUAUGAUUGGCAACCAACUUUCUCCGAAUGUUUUGUUAUUUUUGUGCAAUACAAUUGGUCAACUUUGUCAAGGUGGACUUGGUUACAGUAGUUGCACUGUAACACUGUCACAAACCAACUUUGCUUUUUUUGCUCUAGAGGUAUUAGGACAGUUUUUGUGCAAGAAGCUUGUAAAUAUAUAUAUAUAUUUUCUUGAAUAAUACAGUAUUGCUUGUUGCUAUAGAUCUUUUUACUACAGGUGAAGAUCUCUUUGUCAACUACAUGAUGAAUAUUUGUAGGUUUUGGUGAUAAGGAUGUUUAUAGCAAACUUAACCCAGAAUUGGAGAAGAGGCUUCCCAGAGAAUACACAGAGUGGAGAAGGUUGGUCUUGUCUCUUACAGUAAAAACAGGUCAAGUGUAUAAUUAUUUACGUUGUAGGUAAAAUCCAUUCUCAGUAUAAACCAGUACUCGACCUUGUUUAAGGCUGUGCUCGAAGAAACAUUUUAAGGAUCUACAUGUACACUGUAGGAAGAGCUUUGAAUCUGUGAAAUCCAGGGUGCCCAGCAUAGGAUUUCUAUGAAAAACUAAGAUUUUGUUAAUUGGGAGCAAAAGUUAGGUGCCAUGGGCCACAGGCGGGCACUACUAGAGUACAGCCUUGUAGUUUGAUAAUUUUCUUUCUUAAUGAGCAGUGAAUUCAUACACCAGGUAUUUAAAAAUUCUGCCAGCUCAAUUUUUUUCCAAAAAAUUAAUGGAGAUCUGAAUUUCCUCCAAAGCAACAUAUGAAAGAUUUUUAAUCCUUCUUUAAUAGACACUUACAUGAACAAUAUUAAAUUUAGAGUUGGUUCCUACCUAAUUAGCGACUUGAAUUUCAUCCGAUGCAACAAAACCAACCUUCACUUGCGUACACUUAAUUCUUUGCUUGUUUUCGCAAUUUGGCAAAUGGAAAAGGCAUUUGGUAUGACCUGUAGAACCAGUCAAAGUGGACCACCUUCAAAGGUGGUCCCAAAUAUUCUAGUUGAAACCAAACUGAAAUGGUCCAUACAUUUCUGGAAUUUUGGGCUGAAUGGAAGGUAUUCCAUGUGUCUCCUUGCAAAAGUUUUCCACUUAUAGGAGGUUAAUCCUUCAGGAUUUGGUGGUGAAAUUGCUGGAACUACAGUGUGGUGUUUAUGUCUGUCUGUAAACACAAAUUUGUAAGUGAGAAAAUUAUUUCAGUUAUUGUCAACCCCAAUGAUAUUUGGAUCAGAUUUGUUUCUUUAUAGAGUUGUCAGCAGUUGAUUUUUUUCCCACCACAGAUCCUAUGGAAGACCUCCCAAGACUGUCAAGCUAAAGGCAAACUUUGUGCGGUUAUCACAGGAUAUGCUAGUUGAUGUUAGCAGUAUAGAAACAUACCAGUCUGCGUCAAAUCUUCACAAACAACCAUUCUUUCAUAUUUACUGGACAGACUGUCAGGUAAGGGCAACUAAGGAAUGUUCUAUAUUUUUUUAUCAUCCACGCUGUUAAAGCAUGACUCAAAUAAGGGAAUUUUGAAUUAACAGAAAUAGAGUAACAGUAACUGUCAUGUGUGAUAAGUAUCUCACUUAACUGGCCGCCUUUCUUACACACCCUGACACUUUCCUAGACAAAGUUGGACCCUCUCAAAAACAAGUACCUCUGGUAAGAGACCAAAAUCACUUUUUUCCAUUGUUUUUAACCUCCUAGGUAAGUGAACACUUGACACUUGGUGUCAACUCUCUUUGCAUGUUUGGUUAUCACACUGUAAUAAUUAACAACUCACCAUAUGAUAAUUAACAAUUAUUCCACAAGUGCGUGCUGGAUAUGAGAUGAUAGAUACAUGUAGCCAAUGAAGCACGUAGCGCUGAGUUGGCUAUAAUCAUCUCAUAUCCAACAAGCAAGAGUGGAAUAAUAAUAAUUAUUAUUGUUUUAUUAAAAAUGCCCAUAAGAUCUCAAUGAAUCUCCCUGACAUAAUUUGGUCAGAACAAACCAGAAAAGACAAGGUACUACUUUUACUUUUCACAUGUCACUCGUCUAUCAAAACUGUCAAUGGGUGAACAGACAAGAUGAAUGAAAAAUCAAAACAUUAUAGCGAUGAACCCGGGCCAAAAUGCAACCACCAUGAUGGUAAAAAUUAGGGCCUGCAACAAAUGCUAAGUGUGUCCCUUUUGGAAUUUAUAAUUAUAUAGGAUCCUGAUGAGUUCAAGAGUUCAGUGAAAGAUGGAAUUACAGAUUGGAUGAGAAAGCUAAGAGACAGGAAUAUUGUGGACUGGAUGAUUAUUCAUGUCAUAUCUCAGGAUUCUUUCAAGGGAAGUAAGCCAAAGAUUCAGCUUCCUCGCAGCACAGUAUUUGACAAGAUUAAGAGUGACUUUGGUAACAAGAACAGUGAUAGGUAAAACCAGAGCCUAGCUAGUAUCUCAUAGUAGCUAAAAUGUGAUAUUCUGUUGGGCAAAAGGUACUUCAAUCCAUUUGCCCCUAAAGUGCCCAUACACUGUAACUGCUCACGCGGAUCCAGCACCCUGCCACCACUUGUUGCAUCAUCAGUGAAACAGCAUGCAAAGAAAGUAGCAUCCAGUAGCCUGGGGCUAGUGGAUUUUGCUAUAGGGCUAGCGAAUUCUACUUUUAACUUGCCUGAUGGGUAAGUGAUGUUUUUUGAGCAAUUCAAAUCAAGGAAGAACUGUGAAAUCAAUUCUGCUCGUCAAAAAGCUUUUGGGGUUAGUUGAAAUGAGGUCUAGGGUAGUAGAUGCUAGCUUCAGCUUGCCUGAUUGGCAAGCUGUAAAAAUGAUUUUCUUUGUACACUGUGAAACAUGAAUUUCUUCAGAUAUUGCUGUUUUAACUUUGCAUGUUUUUUGCCUUUUUCUCUUGCCACCCUGAUUGAAUUGUGUUCAUUCUGAUAUGGUUCGAAAGAUCCCUUCCCUGUUCACAAGUUAGAUGGCAAAGUUUUCCUUGUCACAGUUAAAGCUGAAAGUUAUAAUUAUGUUCCAAGCAGUACAAGAGGUCUGUAUGGGUGUGGGUUAUGGGUUGUUCAGUGGUGAAUGGGUUAAAGCCCUUCUUCCAUACAAUUUAAGUAAAAUGAAUGAUAAAAAUAGAAAAAUUAGAAGGCUUAGCAGUUUAUCUGAAAUAACUUAGGGCCAGAUGCAAGCAACCAGUUCAACUAAUAGCAGGGUGCAAAGAAAAUCAUUUUUACAGCUAACCAUUUGGGCAAGCUGAAGCUAUCAUUUACUAGCCCUGACGUCAUUUCAACUAGCCCCAAAAACGUUUUGACUAGCAGAAUUGCUUUCACAGUUCUUCUGUUAAUCGAAUUCCUCAAAAAACAUCCUUUGCCUGUUGGGCAAGUUAAAAACAGAAUUCACUAGCCCAAUAGCGAAUCCACUAGCCCCGGGCUAUCGGACACUAGUUUCUUUGCAUGCUGUAAUAGCUGGUUCUGGUACGUAUGAAUUACUUACUGUGCCUUCAUUCCUUUAUCAUAAAUAUAUUUCUAUUCAUUUCAGAAUUAUCCAGCUAUGGGAACCCUUCAAAGAGAAUCAGUUAACUCGCUCUGUUGAAUCCUGGCAGAACUUGGUCACCAAGCUGUGUCAGCUGCUGUUGGUUUCUUUCAAUCGUCACUUGGGCAAGUUUGAAGACCAAGUUAGGGCUUUGAGGGAGAAAAGAACAGAGCCACGCUGGAGUUUCACAACAUAUUUUUCUCUGCAUGUAAGUUAGCAAUCUUGUCUGAUAAAGUAAAUAAAUGCAUGUAACCCAAGAGACACCCUUUUGUUAACAGUUGUUUUUCUAUCUGGCCCGUGCAAGCUGUGCUGACUGGAAUUAUAUUUAUCUGGGGAAUGAAAAAUUCAAAAUAGAGCUCUGAUCUCAUAUAAACCUGUGUCUUUCAUAGAUUUCUAAACAUACACCCUAAAAAUAUAACAGGUCUUGGAAAACCUGGAAAGUCAUGAAAUACAACAACACCAUCUUUAUUUCUUACAUUAAAUAUACAAAUAUCACACCACCUGCAAAUAGCAAGGCUAAUCGAGGCAGGUGGUGUGUAGACGGCUUAAGAUUUAUUAUGAAUAGUUGAAGUGAAAAAGUACCAUAUUUAUAAUAAAAAAGGUCAGUCACGAGAGAAAUUGAGAUAAGAAAAUCGAGGCAGCUAUUUAGAUAAGCGGAACUAAUAUUUUUUAAAAUCGGAGAUUAUCGUGUUUAGGUCAGCAUAUCUAUCCUUAACUUAAGAAUCUAAUUUUUCAGGCCUGGAAAUUAAAGUCAUGGAAUUUAGUUGUUGGUCAUGGAGCUUUAGUCAUGGAAAAUAUUUUUCAUUGGCUUUAAUUGUUAAUGCCAUGUUUGGUUGACUAGUAACUGUUGAUGUCAAAGCAAAGAAAAAUAAGACAAAGACAACAGUCAUUAAAUGGUGCAAAUGCCACACAAUUUUUAUGUUGGAGUCCAGGGUUUGUGCCUGUUGAACUGAGUUGCUUCAAAAAAUUCCCUUAGAGAAAGAUACAUGUAGUUUUGAAACUUUUUGAAAGUGACAGCUAAAGCUAGCCGCUAUGGUCGCGAAAAACUGGAGAAGGUCAUGGAAAAAGUCAUGAAAGGUCAUAGAAUUUUAAGGGCUCAAGAGAGUAUGAACCCCUUAUGGUCCUUGCAUUUUUUGUAAUGGGUCUUUCGGGAGUGCAAGUGGUUACAGUUUGCUCAGAGUAAUGACUUACUUUACCUCUGAAUUCAAUGAUGCAUGUAAAGACCUGCAUAGUUUGAUGUUAAAAAAAGGGAACAAGAACAUGUUAUUGUACACAAUCAAUGUAGUAUAUUUUAUGUCAAUGGAUUUUUGUUAAUGUUUUCCAGCCUAACAUUAUAAGAUAAAAUGGAACAUCCAUUUUGUUGUUUGUUUUCAGGAAGAACUUGCAUUUGUGUUUGAGAUGCUGGGACUUUUUGAGGAAGCACUUAUUCAGUAUGAUGAGAUUGAUGCUCUGCUAACUCAACUUGUCAUCAACUCAAACUUUGGAGGUAAGUCCUGUUUUGCAUGUGUGUAAUGUGUGAGUAGUUGUUUUUUUUAGCUCUAACCAGUCAGUCCUUGACCUGUCACUGACCUGUAAUCAGGGAUUGAGCUCUAGCUGGUAGUCAUUAACCUGUGAUCAGGUGUUCUUUUUUUCUGGGAGAGUGCAAAAAACAAAGGGGGACCAGGUGCCUGAUCAGAGCAGGUUAGCCAAUCCUGUCAUGGAACCAAAAAUGUCAUUGGUUCAUAACAGGACUUUUUUUUGAGGUAUAACAGUUUGGGCUCACUUGCACCUCUUCAUCACUGUUAUACCUGCAUGGGUACCCUGGCCCCUUGGGGUCACAAAACAUAUAGUAUAAAGUCCGUUCUCUCUUAACAUGCACCUUUAUAAAAUGGACACCUAGAGUUGGCCCCUGCCUCCAUUUACUCCUUCUAUUUUUAUAGUUUACUGUCUGUAAGAUGUAGACUUCUCUAAGAUGGCACAUAGAGUUGAUCCCUGCCUUUCUUUACUCCUUUUACUGGACCCUCUCUAAAGAUGAACACAUAGUGCCAGUUCCAAAAGUAUCUGCUUUUGGAAGUCAACAUUUUGUGAAAAUUGUUUUAUCAUCAGAUUCCCACAAACACAAUUUUUUUUUCUGAGCUCAGUAUUUGCCAACUUUCGAGAAAUCGGCAAGGUCUGUUCAGGUUUUCUGAAAAAGGGGGAAGCUUACCAGGAAUUAUAAUGAAAUAUAGUUUUACCAUAUCUUUUUAGAACCCUUAGACUGCAUCGAUGUCUUCAUGCGGGACUGCAAAUGCUGUGAUGGAGUUUCAUUAGACAAAGGUCCCCAGGAGUUUUUAGGCGGGCUGAUUAAGACCCAGGAAGCAAGCUAUAUUGACCUUAGAAAUUACCUUUUUUCCCGGCAAUGCAACUUGCUUCUGAAACUGAACCGACCUUCUCCAUGGGAAGUUGCUCAGCGAACACUAGAUUUCCUUCACAAUCUAAUUCAUGAACUGUCCAUGGAGACAUUGAAGGUUUGUAUGAGAUGCCUUCUCUCCUCCAAAGUGGUAUCAAAACAAAGCAGCAAUUAAAAUACAGGAAGUGUGCAGUGGACUAAGAGAAGAGGGAAAAGGCAGGAUCCUUGAGGUCUCUCUUCUUCCUUUCCCCUUGCCAUCGUCCCUUGUGCACUUUCUUUUUUUCCCUCCCCAGCCUCCCUAGGACACAAAGAGACCUCUGUGGAGGAGAGAGUGACAAGCUCAGCUGCUUUGUUUUUGAGAUGUUGUUAUGUUUACAUGUAGUUGUGUUGUUAGAUGUUGUGUUUAAAAUGUUGUCACAUGUAUAAUUGUUUGCUAUACCUUGGUACGUUUUGGUUGUCUCUGGUGAAAAUUUUAGAAAGCUGACUAUAAACACUUAUGGCCUUUUUAUCAUUCAAGCUUCAUUGCCAUUAGACUCUUCCGUUUUUCUUAUCUUUUGACAUGGGCCGUUGGAAAUCUAUCAACAGCUCUGGAAAAAUGCCUCAAAAGACUUAAAACCAGUGAAGCUGGCCAUUUUGAGAGUAAGAGUGAAAACUAACAAAGUCAUUGAAAAAAAAAAAAAUGAAAACUUUAAAAAUUUAAUUUACGGUACACAAAUUUUCUCUCCCCCACCCCGCCACCAUUCAAUAGUCUUUAAUUAUUUUGCAGAAUUGAAUUAAAUUGAGGCCGCUUCUAGACCAAGGCGUUUUCCUUUGAAAACGCAUAAGUCUCGAUGCGUUUAGGCCUUCCGCUUACACCAAUAAGCUGAGCGUUUUCAUCACAAACGCAUCGAUUUGAAAACGCUCUUGAAAGUGGAUCAAAAUGAAAAAAAUGCAGAAGCCAGAUUAGGAUCGGGAAGAAUUCAGCAUAGAACCGUAAAACCUUAGUUGUUUAGGUACUUAGAGUCUCUUCGACGCGCAUGAGUUCUCAUUAAUUAACAUUUUUAAAUGUAAGGUUCUAUUUCGUCCCACAUGGCUCGCCGCCUCACAUUGAACAAGCUCUCUGUCUGGAAUAUGAUGGACAACUCUGGUUUUCCUUCAAACACGCAUAAAUCUUUCGCCUUUUACUAAAGAUUUCCGUGGAGGAGAACAAUUAAAUGAGUCUAUAGACCAAUUUUUCGUUGCCCUGCCUUGAGGCGGGGCCCACAAUAAAUCAACGAGAUACCUUGUUCCUACUGUUCUCAGUGGAGCGGCAGGUAUUGAGCUUAAAACCAAUCAAAAUAUUUCGAUUCUUUGAUUACAGGGGGUCAAGCCCUAACGCCAACGUUUUUAUGCGAAAAUUUAAACUGAGUGAGUUAAGUUCAUGAUGAGUUCGACGUCUGUCUCAAUAAAGUUCGUCUGACUAAAUUUGGAUCGACAAAUAUUUUCUAUCCAUGCGCCUCAGAGGAAGGGAACAUUGUAAAGAUCGUCUCUGGGACGAAGAUCGACCUUCUCGUGAGACGAACUCAAUAAAUAGAUCAAAAUUUUUUUGUGAUAAAGUGUGAUAAUUUGUAUGGAAAAUUUAAAUGUACUCGCAUUCUAAAAACAUUUUUUACUGACCAUUCACUGCCAACUUGUACGUUUUAUUUCCAGUCCUUCCGAGUCAGCCUACCGAAGCCGAAACAUGGGCAAUCGUUUUUAGUCGUCGGUUUUGUAAAAGGAAAGUACGUUGUGCAGUAUUACGAAGCAUACAGUCAUGAAAGGGACAUGACAAUGUGUCUGUUCCAUCCGGGUUUCCGUGUUAUGGACGGUUUACUCAAUAGAAAAUAUUUUGAGAUUUUCGUCGGGCAAACUGGAAAACUGUCCGUUUAAAAUGGGUUUCCGCAAAGCCGGCUUCCACUGUACGACUGUAAACUGUUUCGCGCCAUAUAUCUUUGUUUUGAAGUCAGGCGAUGUUCGAUGCUGAGUAUAGAGUUCGAACUUUACCGGUAUGAGACGAAACACAUUGUCAUUUGAGUCGACCUUAAUUGAGUUGAGUUCGACUGCUGGGUCAAACGCCGAACAUUUAAUGUUAGACUGAGUCUAAUUGCCAUUAGACUCUUCCGUUUUUCUUAUCUUUUGACAUGGGCUAUUGGAAAUCUAUCAACAGCUUUGGAAAAAUGCCUCAAAAGACUUAAAACCGGUGAAGCUGGCCAUUUUGAGAGUAAGAGUGAAAACUAACAAAGUAAUUGAAACAAAAAAAUGAGAAAUUUAAAAAUUUAAUUUACGGUACACAAAUUUGCUCUCCCCCACCCGCCACCAUACAAUAGUCUUUAAUUAUUUUGCAGAAUUGAAUUCAGUUGAGGCCGCUUCAACACCAAUGCGUUUUCCUUUGACAACGCAUACAUCUCGAUGCGUUUAGGCCUUGCGUCCACACCAAUACGCUGAGAGUUUUCGUCACAAACGCAUCGAUUUGAAACGCUCUUGAAAGUGGAUGAAAACGAAAAAAAUGAAGAAGCCAGAUUAGGAUCGGGAAGAAUUCAACAUAGAACUGUAAAUCCUUGAUUGUUUAGAUACUUAAAGUCUCUUCGACGCGCAUGAGUUCUCAUUAAUUAACAUUUUUAAAUGUAAGGUUCUAUUUCGUCCCACAUGGCUCGCCGCCUCACAUUGAACAAGCUAUCUGUCUGGAAAACGAUGGACAACUCUGGUUUUCCUUCAAACACGCAUAAAUCUUUCGCCUUUUACUAAAGAUUUCCGUGGAGGAGAACAAUUAAAUGAGUCUAUAGACCAAUUUUUCGUUGCCCUGCCUUGAGGCGGGGCCCACAAUAAAUCAACGAGAUACCUUGUCUCUACUGUUCUCAUCGCAGCGACAAAUAUUGAGCUUAAAACCAAUCAAAAUAGUUCGAUUCUUUGAUUACAGGGGGUGAAGCCCUAACGCCGAAGUUUUUAUGCGACAACCCAAACUGAGCGAGUUAAGUUCAUGAUGAGUUCGACGUCUGUCUCUGUAAAGUUCGUCUGACUGAAUCUGGAUCGUCAAAUAUGUUCUAUCCAUGCGCCUCAGGGGAAGGGAACAUUGUAAAGAUCGUCUUCGGGACGAAGGUCGACCUUCUCAUAAGAUGAACUCAAUAAAUAGAUUACAAUUUUUUUGUGAUAAAGUGUGAUAAUUUGUAUGGAAAAUUUAAAUGUACUGGCAUCAUAAAAACAUUUUUUACUGAUCAUUCACUGCCAACUUGUACGUUUUAUUGCCAGUCCUUUCGAGUCAGUCUACGGAAGCCGAAACAUGGGCAAUCGUUUUUAGUCGUCGGUUUUGUAAAAGGAAAGUACCUUGUGCAGUAUUACGAAGCAUACAGUCAUGAAAGGGACAUGCCAAUGUGUCUGUUUCAUCCGGGUCUCCGUGUUAUGCGGUUUAUUUAAUAGGAAAUAUUUUGAGUUUUUCGUCGGGCAAACUGGAAAACUGUCCGUUUAAAAAUGGGUUCCCGCAAAGCGGGCUUCCACUGUACGACUGUAAAAUGUUUCGCGCCAUAAAAUAUCUUUGUUUUGAACUCAGGUGAUGUUCGAUGCUGAGUCGGGGAGGCGAAGGGGAGGGGGUAAUGUCCGGCGUUUGACCCAGCACGGGGGUCCCAUGUCGCCCGUCUGAAUUUUAAAACGUCUCGUGUCGGUGUUUAUAAACGCUUGUCGCUUAUUGUCGGCUUUGCCGUCACUGUCGCAAUUUGGCCGAGGGAGGUUGUCUCUUGUCGCGAUUUCAUUUUACGCGCUGUUCGCUACUUUUUGGGCUAUGUCGCUUGUCAGAAUUUACCCUGGCAGGGCCUCACAAUUUGGUUCGUCUCAUUCUGCGAAAGUUCGAACUCUGGCCCAUGUCUAUCUCUUAAGGGACUCUCCUAUAAGACCGACAGCUCCCCAAAACAGACAACUAGAGUUGGUAUCUGGCUUAGGCAAUUUCUUUCCAACAACAUGUUUAUACCAGAUUGACUUAUAUUGCUCUAGAUCUCCAUGCCUACUGGUGGAGCAUCCUGCUCUGUCAUCCUAACAUGCCUGGAGGUGCUACAAGCGUGUGAAAAACAAAACAGUGAAAAUGGCAUCGCCUACAGUCUGCACUUUGCUCUUCUUUACCAGUAUGCAAGGCAAAAGGUAUGAAGAUCAUUUAGUGUACUCAUAGUUAGUAAAGGAAACUGGUUAGGAAAGCUGGCAAACAUCAAAGCUGAAAACAACAGUGCUGUAGUUUAUGUUGGAAGCUCCCUGACCUUACAUAAUCCUUUGCGUUUUGUUCGCAAAUUGUGACUGAAUAAAUUAAUGCGAUGUUUCUAUUGGUCUGUAAGUUCAGAAUGAUAGGAAUGCUAUUGAAAGUUGUGCACAGUCAGGUCCAAAAAAGCUGACAUAAACAUAUAACAAGGAGUCUAACGGGUUUCAUAACCCUUCCACUAUGGUGUAUAACUAUGGUGUACUGUAAAUCUCUGGUUUGUCCCUACAGUAGAAGUCAUUUUUCUAGACUUCAGGCCCCGGUUCUUGGGAAGCCGAUAAGUUCUAAUCCAGGAUUAAAUAUCGCUGACAGCGUGCUAAAUUUUAUCCCACGAUUUCCCCGAAUCCAGGAAUAAACUGCGUGUUAAAUUUAACCCACCGAGCGAGGUCGAUUAAAUCAUUAUAGGGUAAAAAGUUUGUCAAAACAACCAAGCUGGCGGACUUACUGUUCCCUUUAAUUAGAAUUGGUCCAUAAAGAGGCGAAAAAAUGUUCUAGCAGCGCGAAGUUGAUCUCCACCAUUUCACUGACAAGGAACUUCGCAGUAGAUUUAGGUUGGCCGAGAUUUAGUAAAUAUCUGGUAGAGAUCUAGCCUGCGUAGUGCUAGCAGCAGUUUUCUGCAAAUUAUUUACUCUUCUCCUUCUUGACUUUUUUUUACUUCACUUGUGCCGCGACCCGCGCAUGACACUUCUUGUGUCAUCUUUUUAAAAGUAGGCAUUCGAAAAACUAGUUAAACAGGUUUAUUUUAGCACUAAGAACUCCUUUUAACCCAUGAUUAGUUAUCCGGGAAAAAUUAAAUGGUGGCUUAACCGCUAAUGGAGGGCACUCCAGGAACCUCGGCCGGGCAGGCGUUUGGAAAGUCUCAGAGUCUGGUUUGUAUCCUCCUCUGGGAAGGAACACUGGUGCAUGAAACGGCUGGUAAUCAAGCCUAUUGUAAUAGUGGUAAAAAUGAAGAAAAGAUAGCAUAAAAGUUCAUGUUUGGUUUUGUAAAGUCUUAAGAAGUAAAUAGUACUAUGCAACAAUCUGCCAAGGAGAUGGUAGCACCAAAGGAUUUCAUCCACAGAUCCGAAAAAGUAAAUAUAUAUUAUGUUGUGAAAGUACUGCUGAAGAGGUUUCAUUUGAAAGGUAGUACCGUAGGAUUUCAUUCACAGAUUUAGAAGUUAGAAUAGCAAAUCAACUCAGCAUAACGUGGUGUAGCUAGAUUGAUAUGGUGAACAACUUAUUUGGACUGACGGGGGUAGGCAGGGCUGUCGAGAGGGGAAGAAGAAUAUUGAAAUCAAACGAUAUUUUUUAUCGGAAAUCGAUACCCAUCGAAGAUUGAUAUCGAUUACUAACGAUUGUUAUCGAUUAUUGGUUUAUUGAUCGACUACGCCUGGAUUAUUUGAAAGCAAUUAAAGCGGACUUAGCUGCCCAGGUGAUUGCUUAUAAUCCUUUUGCUCUGUUAUUCUAUUGUUUUUAUGAAUCUUCAUCAUUUUCGGGGGUACGCACGUGCGUCCUGGCAUGCAGGUAGUGACGCCUCUGAAACUGAAACUCUGUCACGUCACCAUGGUUUUUAUACACUGGUAUGAAUGCUUGUUUUCAGUUGGAUGACCUGGGUGCCCUGUGCGGUCUGUUGCCUGAUAUGACACCAUCUGAGACUGAACUACAGACUGUUUGUAUUCUGCUGUCAGGAAUUGGUAAAACACAAGGCGAAGGUCAGUAGACAGACUACUAACGGUUCCCAAUAGACCCUUCCAAGGGUCAUUUGGUGAAAUUCCGUCAACUCAUGCGGCUGAAAAUAGCGCAUUUAGUUAACAUUGGGUGCUUUCCUUAUGUCAAAAUUUUCGGAAAUUUCGUUCGAUAAAUAAAUGAAGCACGUCUGUCCGCGUGGAAAUUUGCCGGGCAAAGAGGUCCACCUUCAGGGUAGUCCUCUUCGACGGGUCGGUUGGAUCCAACCGAAACUUGCCGUUCCAUUUCCAAAAAUUUAUCGUUUUCAGUACAACUUUGCGAAGCAGUAAUCAAAAUUUCGGUCGAAACCCUAAUGGGUAGUUUCAAUCAAACAACGUCCUUUCAUUUUCUUUUGAUAAUUCCACUGGUUUCUGACUGUUUGAUUUGGCAAAAUGGAAGGUAUCCUUAGUAAACUUGCCAAGUUUAAAAGUGAUAGGUCUAAAGCGAACGAAGAUGUGGUUCCCCAAAGUCGCGAAAUUUUACAGACUUACAAACUUCUGUAAAUUUUUGCGAGUUUGCGGAGUUAUAUCUUCGUUAUUUUUCAACAAAUCACUCUAAAAACUUGACUACCGUAAAAUUCCGAAAAUAUGGCCCGGGGCGUAUAUUUUUCAAAGACCCUUUUGGAGGGGCUUAUAUUCAGAAGGGCUUAUCUACUGAGCAAAAUUUGCGUUUCACAAUCGAUUGGGCUAGCUUGUAGUGGGAAGGAAAUUUACCAUUUUUGCUUUGUUUUACUUUGUAUUCGAGGGUAAAUUCCAAGUACAAGCCCCCCGGGAGUCUUAUAUUCGGAGGGGCGAUUUAACGGAGGGUGUUUUGCGUUACGAGUUUGGGCGGCUUAUAUUUGGAGGGGCUUAUACAUGGAGGGGCUUAUUUUCGGACUUUUACGGUAUUUUAGGCUCUCUUUUCAGCGGUGGGGAUGGAUUUUCACUAUCUGGCCCAUAUCUGAAGCUGUAAAAACCGUGGAAUGGUCUAUUGUCAAGUUUAAGCGAGCUAUAAGAAACGGAGAACCUAUGACAGCAGACAAGGGAUUAGCAUUAUAGAUCCUUUUGGCCUAAACCCCUUUUCAUUUUCAUUUAAAAUUACUGAUAAAUGAAGGCUUACUUUCUUUCAAGGAAAACGUAACGCAAGGGAGUAAGCCUGAAAGCUGAACACUUAACUUUUACAACUUCAACCAUAUCCAUUACUCUGGAUACAGGAAUGGCUGCCGACAAUCGUAAUUUUCAUGGUUGUUUUAUAGUCUUAGAGUUACGAAAACAGUAAAAACUGAAGCCAUUCCUAACCAUCAAAUCAUUCCUAUAACCCUAACCCUGUACACUAGUGUCAGGCCUUAAAACACUGUUCCUAGCUUAAUCGCAGCUCUCUUCCUGCCUUUUUGUGUUUCGGUGUUUUUCCUCAUUUUUAAAAAGGAAACUUUGGACAAGGCACCUCUCUCUCAUUCCUCUCUCUCUAGUUCCCACUAUUUUUCUUGGCUCUCCCCAGCUCUACUAAACUUUCACUCGCCCCACCCAAAAGGGGCUGCUUGCACAUUACAGCCAAUUGUAACGCUUUUCAGUCGUUGUAGCUAUAGCUGCUAUCAAGGUGCUGGUGGUUGGACCGUUGAAAAUGGUUGACAGUUUACCAUACAAACAUGAAUUCUUUGUUCUACUGACAAACGUAUAAAACAGAAUUUUUCGCUGUAAGAGCCCAAAUAGCUGUUGUUUUUUGUAUUGAUGGUCAUUCUGACAAGUGUAUAAGUCAAUUAAUUAAUCUAUGUGGUUUAGUUAUUUCCAGUAUUGUCUGGUCGUUGUUGAUAAAAUUUAAUUUCCAGUUUGUUGUUUUGUAGAAGAACUUGAGCCCAGGAGCCCAGCUAAGAGACUUCAAGAGGCUCUAUCAUCAAGGCGUGCCUUUGAGUCACUUUAUUUGGUGAGUUGUUCAGCAUGGUAUUAUUCUAUUUUACCAGAGUUGGUGAAAGAAAAGGAAGUUAACAUUACAGCAGUGAUUUUGUUACAAAUAGUUAUGGUGAGUCCUGGGACUCAUUUUGUGAAAAAUCGUGAGUCCCAGUCUAGAAUCAGUGAGUCCCAGUUAAAAAAAAAAAAAAAAAAAAUCCGACAUUGAAAACGCUUUGGCCUUUAUGUAACCAGACAGUUAAUCUGCAGAGAACUCCAAAACUCUUUACUACAGAAUACUGAAAUUAAAAUAUUGUCCUUCUGCUUUAAAGCACAACCAAGGCUAAGGUUUUUUAUGCGUCCGGGACGCAGUACGCAGAGGUAACAAAAUCACUUUUAUAGUAAAGUCUACAAACACUCAGAAAGUUUUAGGCAGAACACCCUGCACACGUGAUCCCUGCUACCUGUCUGGCGUAGCUCGCCAUUUCUUUUGAUAGCGUCUCGGAAGUAGGCCCGAUUAACAGCUGCUGUUUGGGAAAUGACCCCGCGCUCCGUCCCGAAAAGACUCUUCUCGGCACGGAACAAGACCCGACCCGAGAGUGCGGCGGCAAUCGACCCUAACCGGAAGGAACGCGUGGCAAAACCGUAACAACGUCUGCGUGGAAGACUAGUCCUUUGAUAUCCCGCGUGGUGAAAUCAUUCAACCAAUGUUCUCAUAAUAAGUCAUAAACCUUGUCCUAAAAUUGCGUUAUCGUUUUGACUUCAAGAGAAAUGCCUCUUUUCAAGGUAAAAGCUAGUUUAAAAUCUGUGGAUUCAGUUGACGUAAAGAGAGCUGGUUAUCGUAGUACAAUUAAGCAAAGUUAUGUUGCCACCGUUUUGGAAUAUUAAAUAUGACUCCCUUUGAUAUUGCUCAGUACUCUUCUCUCAAGUUUUUCACGAUUUGAGGACAUAUUUUUCAUUGAAAUUAAUCACAUUGCUGUUUGAUUUGUUUUACGGCAGGAAUUAACAGAGUUAGCAAUUUCAAUCUAUAAGAACAUCGGACGAUACAGAGCUGCCAAGUAUCUAGGGAUGGAUCUAGCUCAGUUUUACUCGUAAGUACCACGUGAUCAGUUUGGGGAGUAGGUCUUGAACUCUUUUCACUGCCAAAUUUAGCCGAAAGCAAAUUUCGACCAAAUUUCCAAAUUUUAUGUUGUGAAAUUUUGAAAAACAAAUAGCACCAUGUGUAAAUACAGGCAGAGAGCUUUCAUUUGAAUGGUCACAUCAUAGGAUUUGGUUCACAGUCUCAAAAGUUAGAGUCCCUUUACAAGACUCCAUCAAACACUCUGGCAGUGAAAGGGUUAAGGUCAUACUGGUAGCUGAAAUCACUGAGGAAGAGACACUGAGGCCCCGUACUGUUAACACCCAUGGACAGCUGUUUGAAGAGUUUUUUAUGCGUUAUUAGCAUCAGUUAGCUAAUACAGUUGAACCUCUCUACAACGGCUACCUUGGGGACAGCAGAAAGUGGCCAUUAUAAAGGGAUGGCCGUUGUAGAGAGAUUAGGGACCUUACGAUCCGACAACGGCGACGUCCAUGAAAACGUCGCUGAAAAAUAGACCUUGCAUCCUUUUAAACUUUCUUGCGAUUAUCCCAAUUCGCCCUGCAACUUAAAAGAAGGGAAUUUUGGUUGGAGCUGAAGAGAGGGGACCGUGCCCGAAUUCUGACAGAGAUGGUAGAAUUUAUUGCCUCGCCGUUCCCGUUCUCAAGUAAACUUAAAAUUUGGUUAUUUCACGUCGUAGUUGUGCAGGGACAGGAAAGGAAUAUACAAAAAAGCGUGAUGCACGAGCAGAGUUGUUGUUUUGCUCAUUAAACCUAUUGCUUUUUUGACGUUCUUCUUGCCGUCGCUGUCGUAGGUUCGUAAGGUCCCUAUUUUAAACAAGAGUCAAUGUAUGGAUUUUUUAUCCGCCGGGACAAGAAAAAGUGGCCGUUGUAGAGAGGUGGCCGUUGGCGGAGGUUCGACCGUACUUCAGUUUAGGUGUCUUUCAUGAUAGCAAACUUUUGUACUCCUUGGACUGUUUUAUCAAGUUAAAUCGUUUACAUAUCUAAACAAGUUUUCCUUAUAAACAAAACUGUAAUAGUUGAAAGCUGAUCCCCAAUUUUACAUCUCCCUUCUUGCUGACACAGGGAUGCGAACGUCAAAAGCAGUAUAUAACGUUAAUUUUGCACGUGUGUCAUACUUUUUGGUUAACACCUUCCUUUUGAAGUGUCCUGGUGCGUCAUUUUAGUCGGUGUUACAUGACACGAUUUUCAACCACGAUCUGUAGGGAAACAAUGUUGGAACAGUGUUGGAACAGUUUUAGACAACGUCGCAGCAAUGUUGCAACGCUGUGAUGCACAGGAAAUCCUCAUUGCGAACCACCUCGUGUAACAUCGCAAAGUGGCUCGUUUCAUUUCUUUCUCCUUCAAUUAUAAUAAUUCAAUUCCGGGAGAAUUCGGCUGUUUUUAACAAGUUGGUUGAGUUGAAUUAAUGACGAUAAAAAUGAAAAGAACGCCGCGAAAUCGAUUUGUAAGUACGAUUUUCACUGCCGUCACCGUUCUGUAUAUUGAUGUCUCAGCAGACUUCUCAAGGAAAACUUGCUACUGUAAAUAAGAUGUGCCGCUAACAGGGAAAAACAAGUGAAGAGUAUCAGUAUUCAGUGGUAUUGUGUUUAAGCAAGUAGCUUCACUUACGGACAAAAUUCUUGAGAUUUUGUUUGUCCCUAAAAUGUAUAAUUGACCACUCCAGAAAUACCAUAACAUACCAUAAUGCUCUUUGUUUGUCACCCCAAAAUUUUGCAUAAGCAUUGUUUUCAGUGUCUCUUGGGGCCAUUUUAACUCCCAAGAGAAACUGAAAACAAUGCUUAUGCAAAAUUUUGGGGUGACAAACAAAGAGCAUUAUGGUACGUUGUGGUAUUUUCUGGAGUGGUCAAUUAUCGCUCCCUUUCACUCCACUUCUCUGCAUAAAAUAGAAUUUAACGUAGAAGUUAAUUUACCUUGUGUACCGGAAAGUGUUUUCGAUGCGCAUGCGUCCCCUCUGAUAUUUUAAUUGGUUACAUUUCAUCCCACUUGGCUUGUCGCCUCAUAUUGAACAAACUCCCUGUGUGAACAAAAAUUCCCUGCUCUGGUUUUCCUUCAAUGCGCAUAAAUCUUUCGCCUUUUACUAAAGAUUUCCGUGGAGGAGAACAAGUGGAUGAGUCUAUAGGUCAAUUUUUCAUCGCCCUGCCUUGAGGCGGGGCUCCUUUCCGCAAAGGUAACAGAGCAAAUCCAUCAAACAUCCAUAUUACCAACUAUAUACAGUGAAAUUUCCAUUAAGCGGACACUAAGCCGGGUCCCGAAAUUAACGUCUUAUAUUUCCCUUUAUGACGAAUCCCUAUUCAGCGGACACCUCUAUUAAGCGUACACAGACACUAACAUAAAUUGUAUUUGGCGAAUUUUUAUUGUUAAAAAUCUCUAUUAAGCGGACACCGGACUGAAUUGACAAUAGUAGCAUUCGAUUACUUCCUUAAAAUACGUACUGUAAACUGUAGGUUAGACCGAUAUUCGGCCGUAUAAUUGUCAUGCGCGACCAAAGUUCACCUAAAAGUCUUACGCAAAGUACAGCACAGCUUCCUUAGCUUCAUGGAACUUUAUCACAGUACAGAGUAACCGUUGAAUGUUGAUCGUUAACAAACAUUGCACAAUUUUUACAAACCUUUAUUUAGCGGACACCCUCCACUAAGCGGACACUUGGGAAGGUCCCGACCGCUUAAUAGAGGUUUCACUUUAUUACAGAGUUAACGUAACCACGAAGGCGAUGACAGCUAUUUCGAAAACUUCAGUAAUUCAACCAAUUUAAUUAUCUCUGCAAGAAGACCGAGAGAUUGAUAAAUGAAGAAGCCAGAUUAGGACCGGGAAGAAUUUAACAUAAAACUGUAAAACCUUGAUUGUUUAGACAAUUAGAGUCUCUUUAAUGCGCAUGCGUUCUCAUUAAUUACAUGGUUCUAUUUCGUCCCACAUGGCUCGCCGCCUCACAUUUAACAAGCUCUCUGUAUAGAAUAUCAUGGGUAACUCUGGUUUUCCUUCAAACACGCAUAAAUCUUUCGCCUUUUACUAAAGAUUUCCGUGGAGGAGAACAUUUCAAUGAGUCUGUAGACUAAUUUUUCGUUGCCCUGCCUUGAGGCGGGGCCCACAACCAAAUCAACUUAUUUUUCUACUGUUCUCAGUGGAGUGACAUAUACUGAGCUUGAAACCAAACAAAAUUGUUCGAUUCUUUGAUUACAGGGGAAGAAGUCAUUAUAAAUCAAUUUACGGUUAACUAUGGUCAAGGCGUAACGCCGAAGUUUUUAUGAGACAACCCAAACUGAGUGAGUUAAGUUCAUGAUGAGUUCGACAUAUGUCUCAGUAAAGUUCGUUUGACUGAAUUUGGAUCGACAAAAUGUUUUAUCCAUGCGCCUCAGAGGAACGGAACAUUGUAAAGAUCGUCUCCCGGACGAAGGUCAACCUUCUCAUGAGAUAAACUCAGUUGUAAAUACAUUUAACAUUUUUUUUGAUAAAGUAUGAUCAUUUGUGUGGAAAAUUUAAAUGUAUUCGCAUUAUAAAAACAUUUUUUACUCAUCAUUCACUGCCAACUUGUACGUUUUAUUGCCCGGUUUCCUUCCGAGUCAGCCUACCGAAGCGGAAACGUGGGCAAUCGUUUUUAAUAAAAUCCAGCUAGUCGUCUAUUAUAAAUGCUGCAUUCUGAUUGGAUGAGCUACUACUAGGCUAUAUGUUAUAGCCCAAUAGUAGCGAAAAGCGCCGGCUUUGAAAACCAAAACAGUGGCGGCUGAAUCGCGUUUUGCUAGCUAAAGUUGUUUUGUCUCGAUAUUUUUGACCAACUAGUUGGAUUUUACUAAAACAAUUAUUCCUCUCGUCCUCAUGGCCUCUUAGUCAAUAGCCCAUUCGGCCUUCGGCCUCAUGGGCUAUUGCCUCAGGGCUCGAGGAAUAAUUGUUAAUUAGUCGUCGGUUUUGUAAAAGGAAAGUACCUUGUGCAGUAUUACGAAGCAUACAGUCAUGAAAGGGACAUGCCAAUGUGUCUGUUCCAUCCGGGUUUCCAUAUUAUGCGGUUUAUUCAAUAGAAAAUAUUUUGAAAUGUUCGUCGGGCAAACUGGAAAACUGUCCGUUUAAAAUGGGUUUCCGCAAAGCGGGUUUUCACUGUACGACCGUAAACUGUUUCGCGCCAUAUAAUAUCUUUGUUUUGAACUCAGGCGAUGUUCGCUGCUGAGUAAUUUUCGGCGUUUGACCCAGCAGUCGAACUCAACUCAAUUAAGGUCGACUCAAAUGACAAUUUGGUUCGUCUCAUGCCGGAAAAGUCGUGGAAGUCUGGCCCAUGUCUUUCUCUUAAGGGACUCUCCUAUAAGACCGACAGCUCCCCAAAACAGACAACUAUAGUUGGUAUCUGGCUUUAGUUAGUCGUUUUGCCUCACUCUUAAGGCAGAUAACCCAAAGAGGCACGCCUUAAGAUAGCUUUGGCAUAAAUAUUUUUUUAGUUGCCACAUUUUUGUAGUAAUAAGGUCCUUUGUUUACCCUCGACAGUAUUUGUAGCACCAAUGCCGGUGGGGCUGAGCAAAUGCCUGAAAAAAUAAUUUAAAUAAAACUUAAAAGGGUUGGGAAUUCCACUGGCCGGGGGCAAACCAGCUGGCUAUUUACAAGCAUGGUCCAGGAUUUGAACUUGGGACUACCGUGAACAAAUCCAGCUAGCGGUCAGGGCGGGACUUGAACUCGGGGGCCUCUGAAUUACAAGUCCAGCUCUCUAACCGCUCGACCAAACCUGCCUCCUAUAAGUAAUGAUUUGUUAUUGGUUUGUUACUUAUUAAUGUGAGUUAUGAUUGAUGUAGAUCCCGAGGAGAAUUUGAACGCGCAGAGCCUCUGUUAGUUGAUGCCUAUAAGAUGUAUAAGCAUGAAAGAUGGACUCUUCUGGCGACACAGUGCCUAGUAAACCUGUCAAGAUGUCAGAAGCAGUUAAAACACAUGGACAAGUAUCUUUUUUUGCAAAAAUUAGAAUCACAACUUCCAGUUUUCACAGUUGGGUUCACAUGUAGACAGGAAGGACAACAAACUGUUUGUUGGUGUUAUGAAUGGUAUACCCUGCUAGCAGUGCCUUUUGUUUUGCUUGCUCGAUUUUAGCGUACUGUAAAAAGACUCCGCGUGAAUCGAGAAAGGUCUUUGUUGAGCAUGCGAUGCAUGUUUUUGGGAUGCAGUUUUGAACCCAGGCGUAAUAGAGAGGAGAAUUUGUUAUGUCACGUUGCCAUGGUAGCAAAAUUUCUGGUGGAUUUGCACAGUUUCAAACUUCGUCGAUCUUAUUCAAUUUCAUUUAAUUUUUCAAAUGUUGGCGAAAUUUUCUGGGUUGAAUCCGAAAGACCGUAUCUAGGUUUAGAAAAAGAAAAAGAAAAUGUUUGUGUUGUGCUCAUCUACUUGAUAAAGCGGGCGAGUGAAAUUAGGAAGGUUUAUGUCGCAGUCGUGCAACAACGGCUAAGAAAUGUACAAAAAAGCGUGAUGCACGUGCACGUGCACGUGCUGUUGCAAAAACUCCCUACAGUUGUGAUCCAGAAAAUUUGCUACCAUGGUAACGUGACGUCACACCUCUCCUCUCUAUAGCCGUGUGUUUGGUACAGCGGGCUCCGUUAUGACCGUCGGCUUAUCAAUAAACCGAUGUUUGCGUUUGGAAAACCAGUUUGACGAUAGAGGACAAGAUUGACUCACUGUCCAGAAGGUUGAGCUUCGUCGCCUUCAAAGGCUUGACGCGAUUCAGACGGCAGAGCUUUCUUUUCUCUAGCCUGCAAACGGCAGACGUACGUACUUCCGGUCGUCGCUUCUUUCCCUCCGAAUUUUUCGGAACGCGUAAGCACGAGUCGCCGAAGCACGCGGGUCACUAUAAAGACUUGACCAAAACCUAAGACCGCGCAUGUAAAGUGGCUGGCUCCCAGGGUAAUUUGAGGGCGCUUACUAUUCGAACUGGCUGGUCAGACAAGACCGGUGUAAAGGAAAUUUCUGCCUGGCUAGCUCAGUCUAUUCUUCAAUACUUUACACGGCAAGGUGAAACUCCCAAAAAAGUCUAUUUCAUUUCAAAUUUACCUGUCCGACCGCCAGUUCUGAUUUUUGGGUAAGCGUCCUUUCUUGUUGUUAACUGUUAUAUAACACUCCCUUGAACACCCUGCGUUUCUGGUGAGGUUAUUUAUGAGAGAAAUCAUUUAUUCCUAUCCCGGUAAUGAACCUUAAUGGGCACCAGAUACGCGGCGUCAUGCGCAGUACUGGCAUGUGAGAGGCACUUGGCUCCUGAUAAGAGAUCUUACUACACUCAGGAACUGUUACAGGUCAUGCGAGAAACAAUGGAAUCAGGUAGGAACAGCUGAAAACAUAGGGAUCUUGCUAUACCUUAAAGCUUUUCAUUGGGCGAUAGAAAAACAAUAGACACAGCCUCGUUCAUUUAUUAUGCAAACAGCAAUGUCAUCUAUUUCAUGCAAACAGUUAGGAGACAUCUUUAGAGUCAAUUAUUUAUUAUUAUAUUAUUAUAUAUUUUAGCCCGUGUUUAACAAAACCAGGUUCUAAGCCAUUUUCAGUUUGCCCAAGACGCUUUUAUCUAAACACCAUUUUCCUGAAUUUGAAUAAAGCAUAUAGCGUAGUCUCUGAAAGCACUUACUUUCUUAAAUUAACCCUGUAGUAGUACAAAGAAGUACAAUCAAGCUUCCCGGUCGGCCUUUUUUUUGAGAAUACGCGAGAAAACUUUAAGUUAAUUCUCGUCCUUGAAUCUAAAGGUCUGUGAUAUGAAUAGAGUCGAAACAUGUGCCCAUAAUAGAGAGCUUUAGAUUCGAGGACUAGAACGACUACGAGUACGAGAUUUUCUCAAUACUGAGUAUUGCACGCUCGUGAAUCAGCGUCGUUUUGGCGGGAAAACGAGAUAGCCUUCGUCAUUCUACUUCGAGUUUUAGCGUGAAUGUCGUAGUGGCGGAAACAAGUUGUCAAAGGUUAGAAGUUUAAUCAUUUUGCGAUCCGGAGACGGCUUAAUUUCCUUUAAUAAAGAUAACAGUGCUAACUUUUAUGGUGAAUCAAAAGGACAAUGUAGCUUUCUGGAGUGUGCAUUUUUUGAGAAUACGAGAUAAAACGUUCAGUCAAAUCUCGUAAUCGUAGUCGUUUUCGUCCUCGAAUCUAAAGCUCUCUAAUAAAUGAGUUGACGCCAUAGAGAUACGUCUGGGUAGUUGAAACGUUUUUACCCACAGCAAUUUCGCUGUUUUCGAUUGCUGCAAUUUCUUUUGUUAUUGUUUGCAUUAAAUUGCUCAAAUUCACCGUGACGCCUUUCUUUCGUAUGCUAAUGAGCAAAAAGGAAAACAAUGAAGUCAGCAAAGAUACGCCAAUAGGGAUCCAUUAUUUUGUUCUAGAAACUUUUUUUACAAUAGGAUUGUAAACCUUAAUUAGCCUACGUAGCAUGGCGAUUUUAUCGGGCCCACUACUGAGCGGCGAAGCCUCAAAGCGCGCGCGAACUAGCGGGCGCCCAAUCUCCUCGCAGUUUCACUGCUCUUUCCCACCUUCGCCCUCCUUGGCUUUUUUGCUCGCCCGACCAAAACCACCAUGCUACGCAGGCUAAAGCUUGAUUGACAAGUCAGUGUGGAUAUUAGGAACAUUUGAAAGUGCAGUGGAACCUUGAUAUAACGGUGGACUAAGGGACUGGCAAAAUUUGUUGGCUAUAAAGAGGUUUCGUUAUAUCAAGGUUCUUUUCCAUAUAUUUUACUAUAACUGGAGCGAAAAAUGUCGCUCGUUGUACACAGAACGUGGUUAUUAAGCAGCCUAGUCCUCAGGCGGCUCGGUCAUUCCUGAACUCUAGCAUGAGCUGUGACGUUAUCGAGAGAUACUCGCCUGCUCUGUCCCAGGCUUCGCGCGGACAACGGAUCAAGAGAGAACGCCUAGGGACUAGGCUGGUUAUUCAGAUAUUCGUUGUAUGGAGGUUCCACUGUCGUGCAAAACGAAUUUUAAUCCCCGUAGAACCCCAAACGCAACGUCAGUAGGUAUUGAUGGCUUGGUUUGAAUCACUUUUCAGCUCAAGCUAUCAUUGUACGUGCCGAGCCACUGCUACGAGUAGAAGAUGUAAAAAUUGACCUUAUGAAGGGGAUUGGUAGCGUAGGAGAAUGCAUCAAGGUUAAACUCAAGUUGUUUAGUGCUUUGGAAGAGGUGAGUUUUCGUACAAAUCCUCGAUUCUUACCCUCGAAGUAAAAAACAACAAAAAUGCAGGGUACAGCAUGAGUAAGAAAGUCAUCUCCCCUAAACGGACACAUAGAGUAAGUACCUGCCGUUCUUCAGUCGUUUUCUUUAACUCCAUAUAUGAUUGAAACCUCUCUAAGACAAUGCCGGGACAGAGUAGACUCUUAACAGUUCCUUAUUUUUUCGUAAGAUCGUCGGGAUGGAACACCCACCCUUACGGGUGGCCAUCUUGGUUUCAAAGGUACCGAGUCUACUUAGCGGGUGAGGGGGACCGUUUGGGAGGAAUUUUUUCGGAUCCCUUCCCGUAGUGAUUAAAACACCGGGGCCCGCCCCCUCUAUACAUUUGAAACAAGGUUACCGGUAAGCGCUCGAUCCCGACGAUCUUACUUAAAAACGAGGACUCUCUGUCUUAGAGAACUGUUUGUGCACGGAAACAAGGUAGCUAUCAACGAUCGAGUCCUAAUGGAUUGAAGUCAGUCUCAGUAGCUAGGGUAAGAAGUAGGAAUGCUGCCCCUGUGAAGAAUUCUAGGAAUUCACUUUAAUUUGCUGAGGUAGGCGUUGUCUUGAGAAUCAGUAUAAGAUUCCAGGAAACAUACGACCUAUCCCUCCCUAAACAAGCAUUUUUACCUAAGUAAAAAGUUAGUGUUAACGUUGGGUUAGGAGAGGGGUAGGUGGGGCAAUUUCCUAAUAUCUUAUUUGUCCUGAUCUCUUCUUCCUUGUAGGAGGUUACCUGUGGACGCAUCAGUUUCAGUAUUCAAACAAACGAACUCAAACGUGUGGGCAGCGUGCGCUCAAGCAGAAGAACCCGUGCCGCAUCACCGCCCGUCGUAGUUGUGGAAAGCGGACUCACAUCAGCUGCUCUGUCUGAAGAGGACCUGUCUGAUAAACCAGAAGGUCAAGCAACAGGUGAUAGUCAUUUUGUUGUUAGCGGAGUUGUUUUUCAGUUGGACUUUGAAUUCUCGAUCUUGAAAUGAUAGGGACUUUAAGUUCCAACGACGCCGACGGCAACGAGAGCGUUAAAAAACAAUAGGUUUUAUGAGCAAAACAACAACUUUGCACGUGCAUCACGCUUUUUGUAUAUUUCUUUGCCCGUUUUUGCACGACUACGACGUGAAAAUUCCUAAUUUCACGUUUUAUGGACUACGUAAACAAGCAACGACGAAGUUAUAUUUCUUCUUUCUGACCUUGGAUAUGGUCCCUAGCAAUUCAAAUCCAGGAGGAUUCGCCUACAUUUGACAAAGAAAGUGUGUAGGAAUAAUUGCGAUAAAUACUGGAAGAAUGCAAAUCCACUUUUUAAGCGACGUUCUCGUUGCCGUCGCGUUGUUGGAUAUUAAAGUCCCUAAUGGUCAAGUUACGCAACAGGACGGGAGGGGAAAGAAGACGGCAAACCUUGUGUGACAAGCGUGUCAAUAAUUUUGUUUGAUAAAACUUUCCUCUAAACUUCACCUUCCUUUAAAUAGAUCUUUUUGCAAAACACCAGAUUUAAGUGAAGAUCACGAAAAAACAGGCAAAUAAUGACCCUGUCACGUUCGUCACACGCAAACGUUUUGCAGUCCUCUCCUUUCUGCCUUUCUGUUUCGUAAACUAACUCAUAUUUCUGGAAAACGCCAGUUAACAUGUUGUUUCUUCACGCCCUGAUCUGUAUUAAGCCCUGCAUAGACUCUUCCCCAUUGGGCAAGUGAGCUUUUAAACUGUUACUUGCCCAGCAAGAAAAUCCAGUUGUACCCGACUACCGUACGGACCUUUUUACGAGCCCUGGCCUGGGACAUUUUGCUGGGUAGGUGCCACUUCUUGUUCGUCUUAGCUAAUAAUUUGGUUGAGGAUGACUUGCCUUGACCCUUCCCCAUUGGGUAACUGAGCUUUAAAACUGUUACUUGCCCAGCAAGAAAAUCUACUAGUCCCGGACUACCGUACGAGCGUUUUUACGAGCCCUGGCCUGGGACAUUUUGUUCGGCCAGUGCCACUUCCUGCUCGUCUUAGUUAAUGAUUUUGUUAGAAGAUGAGUUGCCUGGACCCCUGUCCAUUGGGCAAGUGAGCUUUAAAACGGACGCCACCAGGAAGAUGAGUAAUUUCAAUUCUCAGUGGACAAAAACCUUGUUCCAAAAUAAUUUAAAGAAUACUGCAUUUUUUUUUACACUUUCCAAGGCCUAAAGAGGUACUUAGUCAUCUGUAAUAACACCAAAGACUAUUUCUCAUGGGAGUCCGAGAAAAUGAAUGUCAAAUUUCACAAGGAUUGUGAAAACACGGGUAAAAUUCUGAAAAUUUCAUGCGUAAGAUGUAAUUUUAUGAAAUUUGACAUUCAUUUUCUCGGGCUCCCAUAAGAGAUUUUCUUUGGUGUCAUUACAGAUGACUAAUUACAUCUUUAGCCCUUGAAAAAUAUGAAAAAGAAUGCAAUAUGCUUUAAAUUAUCCUGGUACAAGGUUUUUGUCCACUGAAAAUUAAAAUUACUCAAUUUCAUGGUGGAUUCCGCUUUAAAUCUGUUACUUGCCCAGCAAGAAAAUCCACUUGUCCCGGACUACCGGAUAGACCUUUUUACGAGGUCCAAUGAAAUAACUGCAAUAAAAUGUAAUAACUGCACUGCAAUACAGUAUUAUGACUCUUUAAAAAUCUACUGUGAUUGAAACGUUCCAAGCGCCUUGUUGUACACGUCUGACGGUCACCAGGCAGAGCAUUGUCUGACCCAAGACUGCCGGUAACUCUGCGGGACAGUGAGCUCUUCUCUGUGCAAGAAAAAAGUAAAGGGAUGAUUACCACUUCUGAGCCUAUUUACAUAGACCAGUCAGUCAUAGUUUCUUUUCCUUGAGCUUCGAUUUAAUUUUUUUGGAUUUUGGGGGAAGCAAACAGGAAGCAAGCAAGUAAGAUAGCUUAUUUUACGGUUACUAUCUUUGCAGAGGAAGAAGCGGACAGCAACGGAGCUGAAAUGCAACGGCCACCUCUCCCUACACCUAAACCAGACUCCAAACCAAUAGUGAAGAGUGUAGAAGAUUUGAAUGUGUUGCCUGAUGUUGACUCGGACUGUUGCUUGCAGUGCUUUAAUGCUCCACUCAGAUAUGGCAUUAAUGAGUAUAUUCUUACAGCUCAGGUUUGUAACACUUACACCGUUCCAGGUACUUGACGUGCUUUGCGCCUCCCAGAACACGCCUAAAUGAUUCCACUAUCCUUAAUACUCCACUGAGCUUCUGGUUAGAGAUAGAUAAAUCGAACUGAUUAAAACUCCUCGUCUUUUUUUAAGGAUUGUAGAUGUCGUAUUGAAGGUCAAUUCAUUAAUUUAGUAAAGAAAGCUCACGUUGCAUAAGCCUUAAGGUUUCCUCUAAGAAGUGAUUAACAUUCCAUGAAUUUUUGAUUGGUUAAAUGACCUAAGAAAGCUUACCACGCAGAAAGCCAAAACAAUGUAAUCUUUGACGUUCUUAAUUUUUUUUCAUAGUUGGCCGAAAUAGGGCAUUACCAUCUAAAACAGCUCUGCGUAGAGAUUGGGAAACUGGAUUUUGUGUGGCCAAAGCUUUCUUUGUCAAGAGAAUCCAGAGGAUUCGCAAUUGUGGCUGAUCCUCCGCGAAUACGGUGGUCUCAUGACAAUGGUAUGUGAUAUAUUGUCGGAGCGUAUUCACUCGGGCCAUCACGACCCGGAAAUGUUUGUUCCCUUUUUUUAGGAAAUUCUUUAAAACUGUUGUUUUCAGGCUGUACUUUUAUGCUUGGUUUUCACGUAAUCGUGCGGAUCGUCUAGAAUCCCUCGAGUUUUUGGAAAGAUUGGGACGAUCCGCACCCGAAGAGUGACCAACAUCAAUUUUCUCCUAACAAUAUCCACACAUUAUUAAAAGAAGAGGUAUGGGAAUUUAUAAAGUGAUCGGCAAUGGCAAAAGGCUUUUAUUUGAUAUCAAAUUCUCUCAACUACCGUAUUUAUUCGAUUUUGGACCUCCAAAGAGGGUGCUUAUUCUAGGCUGGGCGCUUAUUAAAUUUUCACCGUUUUAAGCAAGAAUAGUAUGUUUAUUUUGCAAAAAGACAAUAAAUGAUAAUAACAAAACGCGAAGAUGUAACAAAGCAAGGUUUCUGUAAAAUAGUCUGAAGAAAACUCCAUCUUCGGGGAAGUCUCUUAUUAGUACUUAUUCAAUUUUUUGGGGGGGUGGGGGGGGGAAGGGGAGCGAGGUGGGGGUGGGCGCUUAUUAACUUUUUCUGCCUUUAGGAUGGGCGCUUAUUCGAAUAAAUACGGUUAUUCGUUUAAGAAGUGUAUGGAGGUCAGCUUGGAGAAUUUGUACGUAUAGGGGCUUAAAUGGGUUAAAAAAUUCAGUUCUUUCCAGGCGCUUGUGAUUACCCCAAUCGUCCAGAUAAUCCUGCAUCGCAUCUGAGGUGUUUUUACUCAAUUGUCUCUGUCGUCUUAACCCUGGCGCGAUCAAUCGAUACAAUCGAUAACAAUUCAUUAAUUACAUCGGAAAUUGAUAAAAAUCAAUAAAGGGAUAUCCUGGUGACAUAGCUCCUUUAAUCAAGACAAUUUAACUUCUUUGUUUAACAACAGAGCUUCAUCUCAUCUCUGGCCUUUCUCAGCAAGUUACUUUGAGCAUUUCAGUUGAACCUGGCUCUAUAGCCAGUGGUUCAGUUCUGGAGAUCACCUCUCAGAAGAGGGGGAUCACUUUUGAACCAAUCCACUCAGGCGAGGCCAUCAUUCAAUCUUCAAUGGACGAAGAAAACAAAACAAGUGCGCCUUACAGCGUUCAAGUGCUUGCCGUGCACGGAGAUGAUGACGUAGCAGAUAUCUCAGUUGCCAUGGUUACUCUACCAGCAAUUGGACCCUAUGCUAAGAUUGAUCUAAAGUUAAUUAUUCAGGCGCCUUUACAGAAGCAAAGUCUUCAGGAAGAAGUUACCGAAUACAAGGUGGGGUCACCUUUCAUAAUCGUCGAGCUCAGUUGUAUGUUCUUGUAAAACAUCAUUAGUUUUUAUUAGUUUUUUUAUCAUAAGUCUUUUUUAUGAAGUUCAGAUAUAACGCGCACUCUGAUUGGUUGAAAAAGUGUGCUUUAUGAAAGUAUAAAACCCGGAGCUAAAGCAGUCACUCCAUCUGCCAAUAGCUUUUUUGAAAGUUAGUAAGCGAAUUGCGUUGGAAAUUUUAACAAAAACCAAUAAAAAAACCUUGACUGUGCUCUGUUGUGUUGUAAUACACGUAGAAAGCGGCUAGAGCAUUCAAGAAAUAGGGAGAAACACUCGACUAUGUCUCGUGUUUCCCCCUACAGUUCUCUCGUGCUUCAGCCAAAGCCUGCAUGGUUUACCACAGAAGAGAGCGCAGUCAAGGCUUCUUUAUUUGUUAAAUAGUCGAGUCUGAUCGCUAUUAAAGAAGAGCUCAUAUGUACAGUGUAAUUCGUAGAAAACAAGAAUAACUUGAGCUGGUGUCCUACUUUCAAUUAGGCUGGAUCUGUCUUCGUAAACUCUUUUGACCUUCUUUAAGAGUAAAAUUAGAUAUAAUCUAUAGCAACUCGGUACCAAUAGUGACGGACAGAAAAGUGGUGUGUAGUAGGAGUAAGACUACAAAGAAAUGACAGUUCUGAUAUUGUUCGGCAUGUUUCUCAGACUCUUCGUUUCUUGGUCAAGAACUAACACUGAUGUCUACAGUCCAGGCCGAGUUGUUAAAAUGGUGGAUAAUGCUAUCCACUGGAUAAAACUAUUUCCAGUGGGGAACGCAGUUGGUUCCCCUAGUACUUUACCGCUGGAUUGUAACUUAGCAAGUGAACACAGCGGUAUGCAACGGUUGAACAAGUAAGGCCUGACGUCCUAGCCCUGAGGUCUACGGUCGCUCUCCAAGGGUCAGAACUGGCCAGCCGGACCAUGGCCUGUCCAUGGCCGGACCAGUCAUUUUGACAAAGUAAUAACCUUUUUCCAAGAGUUUUUACUGAAAAGCCAUUUCCUUCGUGCAUACUAUUUAGGAUUUGACUGAUCUGGCUGGAUAGUUUUGAUUAAGAGUGAAAUUCUCAUUACGACGGGAACAGUCAGGCCGGUCAGUUUUGACAAAUGGAAAGCGCCCUACGGUGCUGGAUACCCUCCAUGUACGGUACUCCUUGUCACCUCUCUUUUUAUUCAUUACAGUCAAGCCAGGUCAAGCGUACCCUCAAGGUUCCCGUAAUGUAUUUAUUAUUUGAAGAAUACGAUAGUAGCUGUAGAUGAUUUCAGAUUCAUCUUUGCAUUCCUGCACGUGUAAUAAGCAGUGAAUCCAUACGCGAGGUAUUUAUGAAAUUUCUGCCUGCUCAGUUUUCUUGAAUUUGAUGUAAAUGUCUUCAAACAAAAAAAUUACUGCUCAUUACGCAUGCAGGAAUGCAGAUUUGAUUUGUUACUGGUUGCAGCAACUACUAACAGAUUUAGUUUUCAAAUAAUUGAUUCAUUAAUGGCAUCUAUAGGAGUACGCUUGACCUGUGGCGUGACUGUAAUCAAUUGUCGAGAGAGACUUGUUAUUUCAGUCCUUGCUCGGUGUAUCUGUUGGUUAACUUUCGUUAUUUGUCUUCUCAUUUUUCAGCUUUUAUGUAAUUGUAAGUGGUUGUCUCCCGCGGUUACCGCUGACCUUACCGGCUUGUUUCACCGUCCAUUUGCUGCUCGACACAUACUGCACUCGUCUGAAACCACGUGAGUCUCUCCGUGUUCCAUGUGCUUAGUGGUAUUUGUUGCCUUUAUGCGAGGGAUAAAUAAUUGAAGAAUUAGUAUUUUAUUGGCUGAUCUGAUUGAGUCAGUAGAUGAAGAUUGAAGAUUUAAUUUAAUUACACUUGUUCCAUUGCAGCCGUUUUAUCCAAGUGAUUGUUACUGGUACAAACCCAGUUGACUUGGUGAUCCAGACUCCUGAACUGAUUAUCACAAACUGUUCUUCUGUGAAGUUAACUCCCAUGCACAGCAAUUCGGAAUACGUGAGUACUUAGGGUCUGUUUACAUGGAGAUGGGGGACCCCAGGUAGGUGACGUAACCUGCGGUGGGUCACCCCACCUAUCAUUCAAACGCGAUCAAAUUAAAAUGAGAGAUUAUAUGGACAGGCGGGUUACCCCACCUAAGCGGGUUACCUCAUCCGCCUGGGGUCCCUACCUCAUUAGUAACUGGUUUAUGUGGAUUUUGAGGGAUGCAAAGCGGUCCCUUCCUUCAAUUACGCCUGCCUCAGUUUUCAUCACCAAGUUCUGGCCUGAAACUUGGCUUUUAGUUUCAGGCUUUAAUGGUAAGAAAAAGGGGAAAGCGAGCAAGCUCUCUGUGGCACUCUGGCGGCGGGGCGGGAAAAGGAAGGAGAGCUUGCAACUAUGUCUCUGAACUUUGAAUAUCUGCAUCGAAAAGUAGAUGCGAAAUGCUGGUUGGCGAAGGUGACAUUAGUAGUGACGUCAUUAUCCUUUGCUCGUGUUUUUCAAUGUUUGUUUACAUUCGUGCUCGUUUCCGCUUCGCGCUGAUUGGCAGAAAUCUGAAAGCUCAGUCGACGGGGAGCCACAGGGAAUUGGAGGUGGAAUUCAAAUUCCAGAGACGUAGUUGCAAGCUCUCCUUCCUUUUCCCGCCCCGCUUCUAGAGCGCCCCGGAGAGCUUUUUCGCAGGCUAUUUUUCUCUGGCCGUCUCCUCGCGAUUUAAUCCCCCUUUCCCCAAACAGAGAGCCAAAAGCCCUGUGUUGGAAGUAUCUCAAUUAUGAACAAGACGCCCUUAGAGCGUUAACUAGGUGAGUACUCAGUAGUCUAUUUACAUGCAUAAAGAAAAACAAAAAGAGCUGUUUCAGUUACGUUUUUGGCUAAAAGAGGAUGUUCGUAACUAAAAUAGGUCUUAGAAGAUGUAUUGUAUGACCAGAUUUUUGUCUCAUUUGUUGAUUUCUAAAUUGUAGGUCAUCUUUAACCAGCAAGAUAUGUCCUUCCUCUGGAAACUAGAGACUGAAGAAGGUAAUUAAAAGCUUCCUGUAGCACAUUAGAUUAAGAAUUCAUUGUACACAGUUUUAGCUAAAUUGCGAUUCUUUUUGUCUUUUUAUACUUGUAAAUUGCAGGUUCGCCGCCUGAACUUGACUGCGAAUUUAAGACCUCGUUUUUUCCUAAACAAGCCACGGUAAGAACCUGGAACAUUCGAGAACCAUUCUGUUUUAAAGGUUUGACUUGUAGCAUAGUUGUCAUCAAGGAUGGUUGAAACUCUCCUUAAUUUUCACGAUGAAGAGUAUAAGACAGAACUCUUUUCUUGUUCUCGUGUAAAUGUAAUAUUUUCCGGGCCUGGUCACGAGUAGUUCUGUUUGUUUUCGUCACAACCUCUAAACUUAGAUUGGUAAAGUAAAAGUUAUAAUAACCAAAUCUUGACUACAAAAGAAACAGAGAUUAAUCUAAGCAUUAAUUAAAAUUCGCACUUUUAUACGGAUCGAGAUGGCCUUAAAAAAUGCCUGACCGAUGUCUCUCCAGUUUACCUGAGUGCAGCGUGCUUUAAUCUUCGCCAGUUUUGCCCAUCUAUACAUUUGUUUUGGGUUUUGUAUUUCUUUUACAUUAUUCUACACUUGAUAUUAUAUUUAGAGAUUAAAAUCAGGUUCUAUGAUCAGUCGGCAAAACCUGAAAUCCCCCAAAAUGGCGCGACUUUCCGUUAUCUUUUCUUUUAGCCUGUUUCAGGCGUUUAGAUAGUAGAGCGCGGUAAUGACAUAGCGACGAGCGAGUUAAAUCGUACGUGGGGAAAACGAGAGGAGACUGGAGCAAUUUUUCGACUGCGAUACUGUCUGAACACCUGGAAAAGGAAACCUUUCUUAUUAGGGAGUUUGAACAGCGACGUUUUUGAGCGACGCGCGUCAACCGGAACUGAGCCUUUUUCUCUUUAAAUAUACGUUGGCUUUACCAAAUUUGGAUUGCUAAGUGUCUUUACACUUGAAGAGACGAUUUGUCCAAGAAUUUGUUCAAAAUCACGGUCGGAGAGUACAAAAUCUCCACUUCCGGUUGAUGUGCGUCGCUCGAAAACGUCGCUGCUGAAACUCCCCAGUAUGUGCACUUUAUUUGAGUGUGAAUGUAUUUAGCACGAAAGUACUAAUCUUGAGACGGGACCGCCAUUUUACGUAGUCAUCCGUGCCACGCGAAGGUCUAACCGCAAAGGCUGUACCUUCAUUUCUCAGUUAUUUUAAAACCCUGAGUUUUGGUUCGGCCCUGGGAAUCGAAACCGCAUCCUCCCGCUCUCCAGUCAAGCGCUCUACCGACUGAGUUAACCCUGCCGCGUUUUUUUUCCGUUUUCUUCUCUUAAUUGUAGGAGAUGUUAACAUGUUCAUCCGAGACGAGUUCUUACCUGCACGAUUUUCAUGUGGCUAACACCCAGGUAAUUGUAUGUAAUGAAUUGCUACGGAGCGGUAGUUGAAUAUUGAAGAUUUCCAGUCUUGCGGGAGUGUCAGCACUAGGCGCGCCCAUCUGUUUUUGAAAACGUCUGUAAACCUCUCGAUGCAUGCGAUGGCUCGCAAAGUAUAUUUAUGUAUCUGUUCCCAAUUAACGUUCAAGUAAUUUAGCUGUAGUGCAAAUGGGAAAAGGAAUAAUUCCGGCGCUCCUUAACACUUUGUUCCCUAAUCUCUUGUUGACAGGAGAUUUGGGUACGAGAUUAGGUAGACUUUCCAAAAGUCCUUGAAAAUUUUUGUUCCUGGUAGCUCGCUUCGCUCGCUUUUUUUUUUCGCUCGACGCAGGCAACCGAAUUCCCCUUCCCCAUCGAAAGCCUGCCACGGCCGCUAAACGCGCGUCUUGCAAGAGGGGUCCCUUUCGACCCUAUAAAAUUCAGUAGGGUUGUUGAGGUCGAUUCAGUUGGUUUUGCCUUUUUGACGAGGGGAUUACUCAGGUGAGUGACAACCAGAAGCUCGGAAUGCUUUUAAAUUUCCCAUAAACAGGUACCCUGGGUACCAGACGUUUUUUCUCGCGUGCGACGAGGAGCUUCGUCGCCGCAGGCCGACUCGUCUUUGGCCGAAGGCCGAAUACACGAGCGGCGGGUCACUUUUUAAGACUUAGCCGAAACCGGAAACCGCGCGUGAAAAGCCUCUGGCACCCAGCGUAAUAAACAGGCAGAUUUUAGCAAAAACAAAGCAGCUUCCAGUGAGAACGCGAGAGCACGUAAAAGGGAUUGAAGGUGACUUCCGGUACUCAAUUUGCGCUUUGCCGUUGGUCAAGUCGAUUUUUAUCUGCGUACGCCUGCGUCGCUGGCGUCUCGUUCUCUUUGCUGAAUCUGCCUUUUGCCUUGUGACUGUCACAAACGGAGAAAACGUCGUGUUUUUUUACAGCCAAGAUACAUUUUUUUUUAUUUUUAGACAUUAUACACCAUAACCUCGACAAUGAAGCCUACAGUAGAGUCCGGAAACCUUUUGGCGGGCUCAUCUUGUAAGUUGCACAUAACUUUUACCAGGCUAUCAUCCCACGGAGAUGCAUCCAACAUCCCACAAUUACUUUACGAAGUUGACUCCGACACAAACCUAUGGGCCGUCAACGGACGGAAGCGCGGUGUUAUAGCCAUACCGUAUGUUGCCAAGGCAACCACUGACGUUGUUCUUGAUGUCAUACCACAAACAGGCGGGAACCUAGCAAUGCCGGCGAUAAAGUUAAUGAAGUAUGUUGAAAAAGAAGAUAAGCCGCAGCAAAAGGAUUCGAAAGAGGGCACAGGCGCGGAUGCACAGUCAGCCCGCGCAUGCCCACUUGUUUCUCCGUUUUUGUGCGGUCAGGUUUAUAACAGGACUCUCGCCACCCGAGUUCGCGUUUUACCAAACAAUAACACUGAGUCUUCCUGGAUUUAAAGCCAAAUUGUUGUAAGAUGUUUUUGUAAAAGGUCAGCUGCUGUGUUGGAGUGUCCACAUCGUUGCAAUCUAUGGAUUAGGGUGUUUGUGUGGUCAGUUUUACCAUAGGACUCUUAGCUGGUUGAAGCGUUGCACCCGCAUCGCAGAGGUCAGAGUUCGAAUCCCGGCAGUCUGAUUUUUUCAGGCUUUCUUUUCGCAACUACAUAAGUUGCGACUUAAACUGCGGGGAUCAUCUUUGUAUUUAUUUCUUUAUUCCGCGCUUCAAUAAAAUGGAAUUCAUGUAUUCAUCAUUUCACCAAAACCUUUGCUACCCAAGUUCACGUUUUACAAAAUAAUAGUGAACUUGUGCAACCGGGCGAGAGAGGGAAGAAGACGACGAACCUUGUGUGACAAGCGUGACAAUAAUUUUGUUUGAAAAAACCUUCCGCUAAACUUCACCUUCCUUUCGACAGAUCUUUUUUUAAAACACCAGAUUAAUGUUAAGUGAAGAUCACGACAAAACUCGUAUGUAAUAGCCCUGUCACGUUUGUCACAUACAAGCGUUUUGUCGACCUCUUCUUCCCGCCGUCCUGUUGCGUAAACUCACCAAUACCCGGGCCAAUAACAUUCAGUAUUCCUGGAUUUAAAGCUAAAUUAUUGUAAAAUUGUCCCGUAAACUGUCAGGUGCUUUGUUGGAGUUUUUUUCUCUUUUUGAUCACAUCGUGACUUACUAUGGAUUAAAGAAAAGAUUGUAAGAAUAGUAAAGGAUAGAUUAAAGGCUAGGC